AUGGCUUCUUUCUUCAAUAAUGCCAGUUCCCAGUACUUCUGGUUAAGAAGUGGAAAUUCGGAAGGGAUAUUGGGUCUACUAAGGAAGUCUUUGCAAUGCGUAGGAGAUGUGGCAAAGGAUGCGGCGAAUAGGUGGACAAUCACCAACCUCAUCAGGCUAUGUGUCUUUUCAUGGCUAGGCGUUCGGCACACCUGCUGCAACCUCGUGCGGUUCAUGGAGUCCCUCAACUAUGCGAUCGAACCCGACCUUCAGCGUGCGCCUCCACCGCGAUACCCCCCAGACGAGUUGCGUCGCAUCCAAGAAGAAGACGCCUAUCUCGUACGUCUGCUAGAAGACUUGGUGCCUCUCUUUGACGCACGGUACGACUCACAUGACGGCGAUCUGUUAUCUUUCGUCGACGACGUACUAGUACCGGAGGUCAACUUCGUACUGGAACGACUGAAGCAAGAGGACGAGGCUGCACAUGCUGCGAGUAGGCGAGAGAUGGGCGUCGUCAUGACCGAGGAACAUGAGAGUUAUGUUUACGAAGAAUACGAGAGUGACUCUGCAGACGAAAGCGAAAGCGAUGAUCGUAGAGAAAAAUGGGGGUGA